AUGUCCGCUGUCCUUGGUCCGCAUCAUCCUCAAGCAUCAGAGUAUGAAGAUCUUCUCCCGGAUCUUGAGGCAAAACUUUUCGGAAACUCGAUAGAAGCCCCAAGCACGACUUCGUCGUUUCAGCAUGGGCUAGGAGAGCAACUUGCUCCGACGAGGUUCGAAACCAUUAUGGGUGAAACAUACGGGUAUACUGGUUAUGUAUUCGUCACAGACAAGGGCUACGUUGGAUUGCGCCAUUGGAGGUGGUAUACUCAUGCGGAUCUCAAUGAGCAACCUUUAAUCCUUGCUGGGCUUUUUGGUAUCAGUCUACCAUUCCUCCUAGCACCGGUGGGAGAGGGACGGUACAAGAUGGAGGGCAUAGUUCACGUCGCGGAUCACGAACUUGGAGAUGAAAAUAUCGAGGCUCUAGGAGCAGACGGAGAUUGGCGGGAUCUGGUUAAGGAGGGGAAGUUGGAGAUGUUCACGAUCGUAUGA